CGCAAAUUGUUCCUGUCGGCGCAAGGAGGUGCCGCCGCGCCGCCGCCAUGUCCAAGAUCACGAAGCCCAAGAAGAAUUACCUCUAUAGCCCAUACGACAUGCAAGUCGAAAACGCUGAUGAAGACGACAUGAUGGACCCCGUCUUGAGUGGCCUUCCUUCCAACUUGACUCGUAAUUUGUGGGACGAUUGGAACGACGACAGUGCCUUGCAAGACGACACAACACUCGCGAAUUUUGCAAGCGGCAUGGACAUGACGUACGUGGAAGAUGUUGAUAAACAACCACCCGCAUCGUCCGACUCGCUGCUCGACAGCCUCAUGGCGGAAGGCAACGUGAAGGCCGAGACAGGAUACGACGAUAUGAUGAGUCCACCGACGUCUUUGCGCAACUUUACAGCCCAGGAUGUGGCGGAUAUGAUGCUUCUGCCGUCUGCACUUGGAAACCCAGCGAGUGGAAUGACGUCCAAGGACACGCGCGACAGCACAUCAACCGCACAGUCCAACGUUCGCCGCGCUUCGAAUCCAUCUCCACAUGCCAACCAUUCGGCGCAUUUCCGAGGCGUAAAAGACGACAACGUCAGCGGAGGACGCUCUGCCCCGAUCUCGCCGCCCCACGAAACCAUUGUGAGCAUGCCAACGUACUCGCUCCCGACGCCGGCGUCCGUGAACCAGCCAUCGGCCACAUCCAGUUUCAGCGCCAACAGCCACCAACCCAACAUGUUUAAUGCAAUGGGCCAACCAUUCGGCGAGUACUCUACGAUGCAGCAAGGGUCUGGUUUUCAGUCCAAUGGACUUCAACUGCCGACAUCCGCCACAAAUAUGCACCACGGGUCGUCGUUUGGGUCAACGAUGCACCAGCAACCAUCUCCGCAACACAAUGGGUUUCCCAGCAACUCAGCCAACGGCCAAAACCACGGACAGUUUGGCAUGGCCACACCACAGCACAUUCUGUACCACCCAAUGCCACCAUCGCAGACCGCGCCGCCGUCUGGCACGUCCAACAGCUUGGCCGGCAUGGGUACAAGUCACCCCAGCGGAAUGUUUGGCCCCUCGUCGUCGCCGUCGCUGCUCAACAACAUGAUGAUGCCGCCCGGCUUCAUGAUGUACAAUCAAGGUCCGUACCAGAUGCACACCUCGCCGCAGCACUUUGCCAGUCAGACGGGCAAUUCAAACAUGAUGCUCAACUCGUUUAUGAACAUGCCAUCGAUGAUGGGCGUGGGUGGAAUGAGCAGUUUGCCGCCGGCGUCGCUACCGUUCGCGAUAGCGAUGCCACUGGGGCUCGGUGCGUCCGCCGUGGCCACCGCCACACCGCUCAUCGCUAAGCCUCCCUUGAAAUCUCACGUCCCGCUCGCGCGAAAGCCCGGGACGGGCGAAAUCAGCUCCAUGCUGCAGAGCUUGUUGGACGAAGAAGCCGAGAAACGCGACAAGAAACUUGAGCGCAACCGCGACUCGGCGCGCGAAUCGCGCAAGAAGCAGCAAAAGUACGUGGAAGUCCUGGAAGAUGGCAUCCAGAGCCUCCAGAUAUCCAAGGAAUCGCUGCUACGGUUCCGGUUUGGCCGGUCGCCGAUGGUCCCGCCGCAACAACUCGAGUUGAUGUGCGGCCUUCGCCCGCAUGUCCCGUCGUUCGCGACCGUCAUGCAUGCCGCGCGGCAACGACGCAUGCUUGGCCACCCCAAGCACCCCAUCCUGGACAAGGUUUUCACCGCCCUCGCACGGACCAUGACGCUGUUGCAAGCGAGCCUCCUAGACAUGUACAUGCUCUGGGACGCCGCCUCCAAUGGCCUCGCGAACGUCUUGCGGCUGUCGCCUGCCCAGGUCCAACAGAUUCAAGACUUCACGGCCGGCGUCCGCCGCCGCGAAAUGACGCGCCUCGUCCUUCUCGUGAAAGCGUUCAAGGCCCUCCGCCGCCAAGCGUUCGAACUCGGCGCGUUUGCGCCGUCCCUGGAUGUGUACUUUCGCGCGGUGCUCACGCCAGAUCAAAUGGCCAAACUCGUCACGUGGAGUGAAUCAAAUCGAAGCGAACUCUUGCGGCUGCAAUGGAUGCCCAGCGACAAUUCCCACACGAAUGGCCAACCUCGGGCCGUUGGUGCUACUUAAGGCGGCAGCGCCACGAUUCCUAAUUGUUGAUACAAGCCCGCGCAUCACCACACACGUGCGCGCAGUCCGUCCGGGCGCUGAUCCGGGCAUGUCGUGGGGCUGGAUCGCCAUGCAUAGCGCAACGGAGUAAUAAAACGGCAGACGAAGCG